AAGUAAUUGUGCGGAAUAAAAACGGAACGUGCGGUCAAUUUACAGCGCCUGACAGUGAGGCACAUCAGCGCUAAAAUGCAGGGACCGGGCUGCACUUGCAACGAAUGGAAAAUAGUGCAAAUUCCGCAACAAAAAACAGCGCCACACAAACUGAAAGUGUAGUGUAGAGUGACGACAGGCGACAGGGGAGAAUAAAUCUAAUUAUAAAAAUAAGAGUAAAAGUGCAAGCGCAAAGCGAAUCCGAUCCACACAAACACACAAACACACAUACACACAUCCACAAAGACAUAGAGCGGUUAAUUAGUGGCAGAAAAAUUAACGAUUUUUAGAGGAAAAACACACAAAAGCAAAGGCAGCAGCGGUAGCAGCAGCAGCAGCGCAGCAGCGGCAGCGGCAGGUAGAAGCAGCAGCGACAGCCUUUGCGUGUGUGGCGCGCAAGGCAUGGGCUGAGAAGAGGUGUGGCGGCGCGUUGAGGCAAGGCUGCAGCAGCACCAGCAGCAGCAGCAGCAGCAGGAGGAACACAAAGCAUCAACAUUACCGCACAGCCACGUAAUGGCCAGCCAAUUGGAUGCCAAUGUCAAGGACGAUCUGAAAACACAAUUCGUAACGCGCGAGGGCACCUACCGGCUGCUGACCCUCUCCGAAUACUCCCGCCCCAAUCGCGUCGGCUACAGCAGCAACCAGAGCUCGCCGCAGGUGCGCGUCUCGAUUGUGACGCUACCGAAUCCGGCGCAUGGCAGCAGCACCAAUGCCGGCAACAGCAACAGCAACAGCAAUGGCAAUAAGAGCAACAACGAGCCGGCUGCAGCGAGCGGUGCAUCGCCCACAGCAGCAGCAGCGGCGGCAACCACAACAACUACAACAACGAGCGGUAAUCGCGGCACAAAUUCGAAUGGUGCCUCAACGGCAACACCUGCAGCAUCCACCAGCAACACCACCACUCCAACAACAAGCACAUCUGGCGGUGCGGGAGGGGGCGGCGGUAACAUCUCCAAUGGCGGUGCUGGCGGUGACAACAACUACAACAACAGCAAUAGCACCGUAGACGCCCGCCUGGGUGGCGGAAUCUCCAUGCACUCGAUGAUGAAUGGCGGAGUGACGGACCAGAAUGGGAUGGCCAGCAGCCAGGUCGUGGGCGGGGAUCGAAUCUGCUUCAACUUUGGCCGCGAUCUCUAUGUGUACUCCUUUCGCGGUGCCAAAAAGGGCACGGAGAUGAGCAAACCGAUCGAUAAGAAGUUCUACAAGGGCACCAAUCCCAGCUGCCACGACUUCAACUCGAACUCGGCCACGCCCACGGGCGCACCGCUGCUGGUGGGCUUCACCACGGGCCAAAUUCAGCUGGUAUCCCCGCAGAUGGGGCCACGGGAGCUGCGGAAGCUGUUCAACGAGGAGCGCCUUAUCGACAAGACCAAAGUGACCUGCCUGAAGUGGCUGCCGAAUUCUCCCCAUUUGUUUCUCGCCUCGCACUCGUCGGGCCACUUGUAUCUGUACAACGAGGAGCUGCCGUGCGCGGCCACGGCGCCCAACUACCAGCCGUUCAAAAUGGGCGACGGCUACACGAUACUCACCUGCAAGUCGAAGUCGACGCGGAAUCCCCUCUACAAGUGGGCCUUCAGCACCGACAACUGCUGCAUCAAUGAGUUCUGCUUCUCGCCGUGCGGCUCCAAUCUGGCGGUCGUCUCGCAGGACGGCUUCCUGCGGGUCUUUCACUACGACACCAUGGAGCUGCUGGGCAUCGCGCGUUCCUAUUUCGGCGGCUUCCUCUGCGUCUGCUGGUCUCCCGAUGGCAAGUACAUUGUGGUCGGCGGCGAGGAUGAUCUCGUGACGGUGUGGUCGCUGCAGGAGCGCCGUGUGGUGGCCCGCGGCCAGGGCCACCGUUCCUGGGUCUCUGUGGUGGCCUUCGACCCCUACACCACGUCCUACACCAACUGGGACGGCGGCGACUUCAGCGACGACGAGAACCAGCUGAACGAGCAGUACACGGCCUCCCGGGAGGCCCGUUUCUCAGGCGACUCCACGGCGAACGGAGGGUUCGAGGGCUUUGACCGGAACUCCACGCCCGUGCAUGCAGCCCGGCCUCGCCCCCACUCUGCCUCGUUUCGGUCGGAUGCCUCGUCGGCGGCGCUGGCGCCGGACAAGCUGGCCAUCAGCUACCGCCUGGGAUCCGUCAGCCAGGACACGCAGGUCUGCCUCUGGGAUAUUACGGAGGACGUGCUACGGCACCCGCUGGCGCUGAGGCAGCGUGUGAACAGCACGCAGCUGAACGACACCAGCUUCCUGAACGGCGGCAUCGAUGCGGACGGCAUCAAAGUGAUACGGCCAAUCGCCAUCGGACAUGGAGCCGGCGGCAACGGCAACGGCGGCGGCGGAGGCAAUCAUGCAGCGGAUUUGGACAGCUGCAGUCCCACCAGAGAGACGGCGGUUGGAGGAGGAGCCACCGAGAAUAGCAACAGCAGCUCCAGCAAGUUCUCCACCGCCAACUGCACGAUAUCCUCGCAGUCCUCGAAUGCCAAUACCCCGCCCGAGGACUGCGAAACGGAGGCAGCCACCCCGGCCUCCACAUCAUCGAAUGCGGCAGCCACUACGCCAGCAGCAGCGGCAGCAGUGCCGACUGCAGCACCAGCAGCACCCUCCACCAAGCAGAACAGCCGGACGCAUGGGACAAGCAACUCAAUCAAAUUCCCCAACUGCAUCAGUGCCACCAAGUCGGACAGCAUCGAUGGGAAUGCGAGUGCGAGUGGAAGCGGAAGCGGCGGCCAACGGACAUCCUAUGCCACGUCCGGGUACAACAGCAAGACUUCCAACAGCUCGACCAAGUCCUCGAACUCGGGCAGCGGCUUCAGCGCCUUUAACAGCCUCACGCAGCGGCUGUCGAACUUGAAUUUCCUGAGCAACUCGGACAAGAAAUCUUCGUCCAGCGUCGGCCACGAGGGCAGCAACUCGACGGCGCAUCGCCAGCACCGCAAGGCCAUGAGCAUGCUGAAGAGCUACAAUCAACACAACAAUCACAGCAGCAAUAACCACAGCAACAACAGCAGCUCCUCCAACUUUGGACACUCGAGCAACCAGGAGUCGGGCGUUGCCAUCGGCAGCAGCUCGACGGCGCACAGCUUUGGAUCGCUGAAGCUGAGCAAAUCCUCCCACAAUGCCUCCUCCCUGGUGACGGGCGCCCAGUCGGCGGCCACUGUGAGCAGCUUCGAUCCCAUGAAGCUGAUCGGCACGCCCGCCUGUCCGCGCUUCGACGAGUGCCCGCUGCUGGAGCCGCUGGUGUGCAAGAAGAUUGCCCACGAGCGUCUCACGGCGUUAAUAUUUCGCGAGGAUUGCUUUUUGACAGCGUGCCAGGAUGGGUUUAUUUAUACAUGGGCGCGGCCCGGUCAUGCAACACACACCAACCAGCAGCACUUGUCGCCCAGCCAGUCGGCGGCACCUGGUGGGACGGUAAUCUAGUAGUUCAAUAAAACUAUCAGCGUUCAUCUUGUCAAGGAGCAAAAGGCGCAGAGGGAGCAGGAGCGGAAGUGGAUGCAGCAGGUGGUGGAGUGCAGUUGGUGAUCUAGGAUUAAAACUAGGCGAUUGAUUUCGAUAAUUUAUUGAUAGGAGAAAAGAGUUUUAAAGGUUUUUUAUGUUGCGUAUUUUGUAUUCCAAAUGUAGCCUAAAUGUAGCACCCCCUACACACCCCCACACACACCAUAAACACCACACACUCCUUUACAUAUAUAUAUAUAUGAUAUAUAUAGCUAUGUAAAACAUAACUACGAUUUAUAUGCAGCAGAACAGAACAAAACCCACACACAUGUACACAUAUGUACGCGAGAUAGAGAGUGUUGUGUGAAGAAAAACCUAAAUUAUUAGUUGUAAAUGUAUUAUUUUUUUAGUACGUGGAAUUUGUUGAAAACAAAUGCAAAGCAAAGCAUGUUUAUAACUAUUUACUAAGCGCUAGCCCUAAACACACUA